CUAGUGGACUGGGAAGGCUACGGUCCCGAGGAGCACUCUUGGGUCCCCAGAAAUUACAUCCUUGAUCCCAAUCUUCUUGAAACAUUCCACGCCAGCCACCCUGACAGACCUGCCCCACGUGGAAGAGGACGGCCACCACGACGUCGGGGUCCUCGGCCCUCAGGAGUGGGCCAUGGGAGGGGGGGUACUGUCACAGACACGCCAGGCUCCACCAUCAGCCAGUCACAGCGCACCCAAUCACCAGAGUACUAAUCACCGGCACCUGCACCCCAUCAGCACUCAUCAGUCACAGUAUAAAGGACUCACACUCACACACACUCACUGUCUGGUCUCGUUUGUAUCAUACUUACCUGUAUGCUUACCUUAAGGACUCCAGACGAUCUACUUACCUGUCUCCAACGUCUCCUGUUUCCCUCGUGUGCUUCUCCAUCUGUGUGUGAGUGUUCCAAGUCUCCAGCGUCCAUACUCUCCAGCGUCAUUCAAGCUCUUCACUCCUACGAUCACAAGAAGGACAGUAUUACCACUCUGCAUUGCUCCAUUCAUCUAUACUUCACUUUAUACUCACCUGCACAACUGUUAUACUCUACUGGUAUCAAUAAACAUCACUGUUUGUUUUACUCCUGCCUUCAACCCUUCUGUGUUGUAACAUAUACAAUACCAAAAAGUGUUGAAAUGAGAUGCAGAGAUACAGACUUUCAGCCCAUUGUGUUUCUCUUUUGCAGAUAAAUAGAGCUUGGACCAAAGAGGAGAGAAAGAAAAUGAAGGAAUCCAUUCUAAUGGCAGUUCAGUUUCAAGGGAUGGAUUUUGGACAGGUGGUGGAGGUUCUCCUAAGUGAUAGUGACAUAAGAAAUAAACUGCAGAAACACCUGGAGGGGGAAAAACAACAGCAGCAAAAAUAUGUGAGUGGAGAAGCCUCUACUUCAGCGUCUGCAGUGAUGGUUCCUAAUCCAAGCGGAGAUGAUGCUCAAGUCCUACAGCUGCUGAAGAAGAUUGACAAAAUGGUUGCAGGAAACAACAGCACUGAGAUCUAUUUAGACUAUUCAGAGAUAGAGAAAAUAAUUGAGAAAGAAAUAAAGAAAUUCAAAGAAAGACAGCAGAGAGAAAUUAGAGGGAAACUAGAGAGAAAAAUACAAGAAACAUUUCACAGAUUCACAGACAAAAUCAAGAGUCUAGAGGAAAAGAUAUCUCAGAAUGCAAAAAGAAUUACUGAGCUUGAAAGAAAAAUGAAAGAAGAAAGAGAUGAAGCAAAAAUGAAGGAGCUAGAGAGAGAGCUGGAGAGAGAGAAACAGAAAAGGCAGAGAACUGAGGAGAAUCUUAGAGAAUACACUGAAAAGUGGGAGAAGGAGAGGGCUGAAAUGGAAGAGAGACAGCAACAGAAAAUGGAGAAGAUCAUGAUGUACUUAGGAGAGAUCCUUCCUCAAAUCAUAAAUAUUGUUUGUAAUUGGAAACUUUCAAAGACUCAGAGUGUAGAAAUGCAAGAAAUGUUGGACUUGACAGCACCAAAAAGGAGAAGAAAUAGCAUGGAUGCACCUCCAAUGUUGUCAGCUCCUGGAUCAGAACUCAGGCUGAUUCUUAUGGGGAGGUCUGGAUCUGAGAAGAGUGCAGCAGGAAACAUGGUUCUAGGAAGAGAGGAGAGGAUCCAUAGUGGAGCAUCUACAGAGAGCCAGCAGAGCGGGAUCAGACAGGGGGAGGUGGCUGGGAGGAAGGUGACUGUGGUGGAAACUUCUGACUGGUUCUGCUCAGGAAUCUCCCUGGAGGAGCUGAGACAGGAUUUUGAAAACUGUGUCCGUCUGUCUGCUCCUGGACCCCACGCCCUCCUCCUAGUUAUACCAGUCAAAGAGUCUGCUGGAGAGGAGAGAGAGAUACUGGAGAAAAUGGAAGAGAUCUUUGGAGAAAGGCAUUGGAGGAACACCAUGAUCCUCAUCACGGUUACUGAUGAAGAACAAGAGAAGAACAUUGAAAAGUUUGUCCAAUCAGGCCAUCAGGAGUUCCAGAGACUUAUAAAGAAAUGUGGGAACAGGUUUCAUUGUCUCAACAUUAAUCAGAGCGGAGAUGAUUCUCAGGUCUCACAGCUGCUGGAGAAGAUUGACAAGAUGUUGGCAGGAAACACAGAGAGAUUCUACAGCAGUGAGAUCUACCUGCUUAAAUCUCAGAUUCAAGAGAUGGAGAGAAAGCUCAGGAGGGAGAAGGAAGAGAGUGAUACACUUCACAGGCGAAAUGAGGAAAUGGAAAGGGAAAUACAAAAACUGAUAGAGAAUCUCGCAGAGUUAAAACCAAUUCAAGAUUCACAAGAUUCAAAGUGUAUUAUUUCCUGAUUGCAUACUCUCGUACUGACCAUAGCAUAAAAAAUUAUAGAUAUACACACUAUAUUGCCAAAAGUUUUGGGACGCCUGCCUUUAAAUUGACAUGAACUUUGAUGACAUCCCAUUCUUAAUCCGUAGGGUUUAAUAUGGAGUUGGCCCACCCUUUGCAGCUAUA